GUCGCUGUCGCCGUUCUCUUCUUUCUUUCUCUUGUUCGUGUCUUUAAAGCCCGACUUGCCUCGCCUCUCUCUCCCCGUCUCUGCCUCCUCUCCGAACCACCACCGCGCCCAGACGGCAGGCCCUCACCGUACUCUACUCCCGGCGGCGUGCAGCUGCUCUCUGCUUGUAGCGCGCUCGGCUCCCGCAACCGCCGCUCAAUCUCUUCCCGUGGGACCUGCAGAUUCUGUUGUUUGUCUGGCCGGCGUCGUCCGUUUCCCGGGCGCGACAAGAGAAUCGGAGGGCCCGCGUGCUCGGAGCUACGAAGGCUUCGCCGCGGCGGAGCCUCGCCUGCAUGGAGACUAAGAUGGAGUCACUUGAACUCAAAGACAAUGGUGAAACCCAACCAUCUUUAGAAGCUUCGAUUGCUUCAGAUGUGAUAUAUGACAAAGCACCUGUAUGUCCACGCAUUGGAAGUGAAUACCAGGCAGAAAUCCCCAAUCUGUCCACAGAGAUUGAGCGCCAUCGGCUCAUGACCAGCACACCAGAAAGCAUCGUACUUGGUUAUGAUUACCCUGGUAUGAUUGGGUUAGCUAUACCAAUCAUGUGGGUACCAAGUGAAGUCCAUAAGGAGGACGAUUUGCGAAGGCAGCAUUCUUCAGAAUCCGAAGCAAGAGCUAGCGACCAAGGCGAGGAUAGUCAGAUGACCUCAAUUUACCCAAUCAGAAAUAAUACAAAUGCCCAUGAUUCAACAUACCAGGAUCAACAUUCAAUGCUGCCUGUUAAUCAGAUAGAAUCUUGCAUCAAUCAAGCACAUGAUGAGAACUUGGCUCCAUUCUCUACUCAAGAAGGUCCAGGUUUUACCAAUAAGUCGUUGACCCAGCAAGGGGAAAUCGAGCAAUUUACUCCACUGCCUGGUUUGUCCAGUUCGCUUUGGAGUGGUACUGAGGCAGAAUGUUUUCUUCUCGGGCUCUACAUUUUCGGCAAAAAUCUAAGCCUGUUGAGCAGGUUUCUUGGUAAUAAGACCGUUGGGGAUGUACUCUCAUACUACUAUGGAAUGUUCUACAAAAGAAACGCUUAUAAAAGAUGGUCGGACUGCAGAAAAGCAAGAACUACAAGAUGCAUUAUUGGGGAACGCAUCUUUACAGGUUGGCGGCAGCAGGAGAUUAUAUCUCGUUUGAAAUCUGUAAUCCUCGAAGGAGUUCAUGAUUCAUUGAUCGAGAUUUUCAAAUCUUUCAACGCCGGACAAGCAUCUUUAGAGGAUCUUGUCUUUGCUAUAAAAUCCUCUGUUGGAACAGAAGCUUUUGUGGAGGCUGUUGGAAUUGGUAAAGGGAAGCAUGAUUUGACUGGAUAUGUUCUGGACCGAUCUAAACCAAACCAAGCUCCUUCUGUUCACCCUGACAUACCUACAGGCAAAGAUUGUUCCUUGCUUGCUUCGGAAGAUAUAAUUAAGUUCUUAACAGGUGGUUUCAGAAUAAGCAAGACAAGAUCUAAUGAACUUUUCUGGGAAGCUGUCUGGCCCCGUUUGCUUGCAAGAGGGUGGCGUUCAGAGCAGUCAAAAGAUGUCAGAACAACUAAGAAUUGCCUUGUGUUUCUUGUGCCAGGUAUCAAGAAAUUCUCAAGAAGGAAACUCACUAAAGGCACUCAUUAUUUUGAUUCUGUCAGCGAUGUUCUUAAGCGAGUUGCGGCCGAUCCCGUUCUUCUUGAGGUAGAAAUUGGCGGAGCGGACAAUGGUGUUACUGCUGAGCAGUGUGGAUAUGCUACAGACAUGAGUCUGAACCAUGAUGGUCCUUUGGAUGGAUAUCAGGAGCUUCCAAAGUUCACAAUUAUCGAUACUACCUUGGUCCAAGGGGAAGAGCCCUCCAGAGUCAGAGAGCUGAGGAAAUUACCACCUGAUGUAAAUGUCCAUUUUGGUCCUUCACGUGAUUCUUAUAAUACUGUGAGUGUCAGUUCCUCAGAGGAACAAGAUGCGGAAGAUCAAUCAUCAGAUGACCAGGCAGAUUGUCGACAAGUUACAGCUGAUGUGAAUGAUGCUGAAAUAGUUUCAGUAUGCCAUGCGGGCAAAGAAAACCAAGUCAAUUCAUUGCAAAACAUGUUGGCUGCACCAUCCUCGAGUUUUCCAGUCAAUGGCCAUUCUUCUAAUGGCAGUAUUGAAAAAACUGAUAUGACAUGCCUCUUUGGUCCCAAAACAAAGACCGAAAGGCUCGAGUAUUUAACCCCAGUGUCAAAGCACAGAAGCUUAUCCAGCUGUAGCAAUGAUCAGACCAGUCAGCACAGCUUUUCUUUCUCGAGAGGACAUGGUUUAGAGAGAAAGAAAAUCAAGCCGCUGUGGACUUCAACAAAACCAACUGCAGCUGAUGUCAGUGACAAUUUUCGGACUAAAAUAAUUGCGAGAUAUUCCACGAAGGAGAAGCCAUGCGAGCAGAUAACAGUUGCAUCAAACUCUUGUACCACUGACAGAUCAAACGAGAAGGUGAAUGUGUCCAGUUUAAAUGAGGACAAGUCAUCUGAGUGCAAGGUCGAGGUGGUGCCUAAAGUUUGUUCAAAGAUCAGAACCGCUGAGGCAAAAGUUGCCAAAGAAGGGGCGCAGGUUACUAGUUUGGUUAAACCGGAGACAUCACUAGAUGAUAAGACAAGCACGAGGGUAUGUAUCGCUUCAUCAGACGAUCAUGGUUACAUGAAAGCUGAGGAAGGCCUUGCCGUUUCAAACAGCGAUUGUGUCCAUGAUGUUUCAGAGGCAAUAGGACAACCUGCUAACCUGCAACCCGAUCUGGCUUCACAGGUGAAGUCUCGGAGGCAUGGAACCAGGAACAGACCUCCGACUGCAAAAGCUUUGGAAGCACUUGCCUUGGGGUUCCUUGGAGGAAAGCGUAAGGGUGAACCCAAAAACCCUGGGACAAGCAGGCCCCCCCAGAGAGCUUGCAAAUCCUUGGUUUGUACGCCUACAAGCAGUGACACAGACAAGUCCAGCAUGGAGGUUGAUUUGCAACAGUGAACAGAUUGUUACGUGUUUCUUGGUGCAAAAAAGGGCACCAUAUUGACAUUGUGGAUGAUCAAUAUUAAGUGAAACAUUAAUUAGGUCUUCAGCUUCAACUAGACUUCCCCGUGGCGUUCAAAACAUUUUUGAAGUCUCGGUUCUAAACCGUAAAGUAUGGCGCAUUAAACUAUCAAGUAGUCAUUAUACCGAGCUUGUCAAACGUUCAUAACGUCUGCAUCUGCUCCUGCAAUAGGUCUGUCACUUAAUGAUGCAUUAAGAACAUAAUUCUUCUGUGCAGCAAUGAGAAUAAUCCUCAGAUCGCGAGUUGUCUGCAUCGAUCUUCCCUUAUGAGGCACCUUGCACUUUGUGAUUCGUAAUAUUUACAAUGCAAUGGCCAACUGGUGGAGUAGUA